AGUAACGGACGUGUUCGAUCGUGUUCAGUUGUGAAAACAAACGUUGUAUUUGCCGUACGAUAGUUUUGGUAGUCGUCGAACAUUUAGUUGUUCGCAAUUAUAACAUUCUUGUGGAGCAGAUAUUAUCUAAACAUACAUCACAAUCUGCAAUCAACAAAAUGACAAAAUCGACCAAAAAGAAGUGGAACAACAUCCGAUUGGACACCUGUUUCAAUCCAUAUAAUUUAAGUUCUCACGCAAACAAAAGACAAGGUUUGAGAAAGGUUACAGCAAAGCUACUUCGAGAUUGGAAUCUUCCAGUAACCGAAGAAACACUACAACAAAGAGUGUGCAACACUUGUCGUAUAAGACAAACUGUUAAGAAAGCAGAUGCAACUCAGAGCUGUGAAAAACAAAAUCAGGAUGUUCCACCUCCUCAGGAAAAUCCACCCGCAGUUCCUAUGUCUUCUGAUGAAUCUAUUGAUGAAAAUCCUGUUAAUACUGACACUUCUGAAUAUUCUGGAAAAAAAGAAGAACGCUUUUCCAAAGUUAUUGCUGAAGUGAAUCGAGGAUUAAGCUUUAUCGCCAUUUCGCCUAUUAAAGUGAAAAAAGUUCAUCAAAAAAAGUAUCGUACAGAAAAAUUAAGAAAUAUUUCUGAUGCAAUAAAAAAGAACAUUUUUUACUGUGAUAUUAGUUCCAAAGAUAGUGACGAAGAUGAUGAUAACGAUGAUGGACAAGAUGUUUUGAAUGCUUUGCAGAAAAGAUUUAAUAAUACAAUAGAUCGCACAGUCCAAGUACAGAUUUUAACAGUGGUUCACCAAUGGUCUUAUCGAAAAAUUUUAAAACAUUUUCCGAGUGCCACACGCCACAUGAUUAACGUAGCAAAACAAACUGCAACACAAAAAGAUAUUUUAUCAGGACCGAACCCCAAAAGUCAUCCUGGAUUGGACGAAAAUGUUACAAAUUUGGUAAUAGUCUUUUACAAUUCUGACGAAUACAGUCGAGUAAUGCCUGGUCAAAAAGAUUUCGUCUCCGUGAAAGUUGAUGGGAAAAGGAAUCAUAUGUAAAAGAG